UUUGAGUGAAGUGACACAAUGUCUAAGUCACGGAUAUUGUUUGUUGUUUUCGCGGUUUCGUUGGCUUCGUCAAGUGCAGUUGAAAAUGAAAAUGAACCCUACAAAGUUGUUUUUGUUAACGUGCUCCACAGACAUGGUGCCAGAACUCCGGCCUACUUUUAUCCGAAUGACCCGUACCAGAAUGCUUCCUACUGGCCGGUGCCCAUGGGUCAGAUGACAAAUCUAGGAAAACAACAAGUGUUCGAGCUCGGCCAGUGGCUGCACAAGAGGUACAGCGACUUGCUGACAGACCACUAUAGCCCUGACUUGAUCUACGUGCAGAGCACUGACAAGGACCGCACCCUGAUGAGUGCAGACUGUCUUUUGGCGGGAAUGUACCCACCAGAGGGAGCGCAGAUAUGGCGGGAGAAUCUGACAUGGCAACCCAUCCCUGUGCACACGAGACCGUUGUUUCUCGACGCGGUUUUAGCACAGCCUCCAAGAUCUCCUUGUCCUGCGUAUGAAGAAGAACUUUACAGAGUGUUUGCAACUGAUGAGAAAAUCAAACAGUUGAACCAAACAUACGCCGAUCUAUUAAAAUGGACGAAUGAUAAUUUAGGAACAAACUUCGAUUUGUUGACUUUGUACAAUUUGUAUGACACGCUAUAUAUAGAGAGUCUGCACAACCUAACCCUGCCAGCGUGGACCACUAAGGUGUUUCCUGAGCCGAUGAGAGAAGCCAAUGUUUUCAACUACAUGAUUGUAACUUGGACUCCCAAACUAGCUAGACUGAUGAACGGUUUAUUGGUCCAAGAAAUGAUAUCCAACAUGAUGGAAAAGGCGCAAAACAAGACGACCAGGAACCUCCAUGUGUAUACAGCCCAUGACGAGACAAUUGCCAACCUCCUCAACACUCUUGGAGCCUUUAACCACGCCCUUCCCCCGUACGCGGCCUGUGUCAUGAUGGAGCUCCAGGUGGACACGAAGGGAAGCUACUUUGUUUCGUUGUACUACCGAAACUCUACUACAGAAGACCCCUACCUCCUGACAGUCGCGGGGUGUUCUCCACUGUGUCCCUUGGACCAAUUCAUCAACAUCACUCGUCCUGUCAUACCGGAGGACUGGAACGCCGAGUGUGAUGUCUCAAGAAGUAACGGGCAUCAGGAUUUCUGGAGUGAUUACAAAAUUCGACUGUAUUUAUUAGUGUUUAUUUAUUAUAUUUUUAAUAGAUAUUGAAAAUAGUUUGUUGCCCACACUAAUCCAUAAAUCACAUUUAGUAACUUUUUUCGGAAAAUCUAUUUGUGACUGCAUACGUUUAUCGUUGCCAUAUUCUGCUGAAAAAAAGGUUGCCAAGAUUGGUUGCUGAGAGCACUGUUGGAUUUCAAAAGGUAGAGUAAUCAAAACCAAUUUUUAUAUUUAAUCUGCAGGCUAUCACUUAAAUUGUUCACGACAUUAACACCUAAGUUAAUUAAUUUUACUAUGAUUAUUUUACUUCACUGCUAAAACGUGUCAAAACAUAUUUUUUUUCCAGUUUGAGCUCUGUUAACUCCAAAAAAAUGAUGACAUGCAUAAAAUUUCUAACGAAAUUGGCAUACCUAAACUUAAAAUAUUUUUUUGUUAUUUACGUAAUGUUUUCUAAGUCGUUUAUAAUGAUCAGUGUCUCCUAUCUUGGCCAAAUUUGU